AUGUUUCGCAAACUAGUAGCCAUGGACGGCCCGACUGUGGCCAAGCUAUCCAAGAUCCAGCAGCAGCAUCUCCGCUGGGAGCGAACGCCACUCGCCGCCAAGGAUGUCGGACAGUUCUUUGGCUCGUUGCAACUCUAUCACACGACGCAAGAGGGCGCCGACCACGUUGCCGCCAACCAGUUGGUCGAGACCCUCGGCAUCGCUCGCAUGUCCAACCUAUUCUUUAGGCACCUGGCUUCGGAGGAGGUUGCGGGCACCGAGCGCGAGAGGAGCCUGUGGAUGACUCAGUAG